CCUUGCCAACACUGAUGAGCAAGAGCAUGAACUUCACUUUGGUCACAUCAAUUCCGACGCCGGGGAAGACGGCCGGUGUCGCACUUCAAAAUGUCCACUGUAUUCUGGUUCGUCACUUCUAGUUUGAGGGCCGCAUUUGCAGUCGGAAAGGAAGAAACAGGGAGCACUAAAAGCGCUCAAAGUUCUGGAAUGGAGGAAGAGGAGGGUGGGACACUUUAAACCGUCCUUUUUUAACCAAUCCACAUUAAGACACCCACGAACCAAUGUGGUCAGACUAUUCCGAAAAGAAAUAGCCCUUGUCCACGCUCUAUGGUGGUCGAUCGGUCGCUUAGACCCUGAUAAACACCCUCGAUGUCGCACAGAAGUUUGGUUGACGUGACAUCACCUCAGUCCCCGGUUCUUUCCAAACGAAGACCUUUUGUUCGCACCCCCCUGUUACUUUCUUUACCCACCGAACUGUUGGAGCGCAUCAUUUAUGAAUCCUGUAAUACUGGCCGCAGGGCCCUCCGAUGCACAUGCAUGCUCUUGUGCAGGUUCGCCACACCCUUCGUCUUUGAGACAUUGGUCAUCGACACAGAGACCAUGUCUCUGUCCAAUUCCCGGGAUCGGCUGAGAUUCUUCAGAGCCCUCGCUUCGGGGAAGACAUUUACGCGAUAUGUAAGAUAUCUACACCUCAUCUCGCUGGAGCUCCCAGAAGGGAGAUGUACACUGGUCUCGUUGGACCGAAGGCGGAGGGAAAGGAACUCCAAGAAGCUGGAGGAGCUCCUCGUUGCUGCGAUACCGCUUAUGACAUCGCUGCGGGGUGUUCAAUACGAUGGAGUUGAGAGGAGACUCCGAGAAAAUGGUGUUCUUUGGGACCAGAUAAGGUCUCUGCCUUCCAUCUCUAUGUUUAGUUGGAUAGGAUACCCGGUUCCCAUCACCAACUUCCCCCAUCUCACCCAACUCAGCAUCAGAGGACACCUCUUCUCCAGAUCUGUAGCCAUCCUCAUAUCGAACAGCCCCCAUCUAUCAUCACUCAGUGUCUUAUCUACUAAUUUUCCCGGAUAUAACCCAUCCGUGCUCGCUUUCUUUCGCCAGUAUCCCCCAGGAAAGUACAGCUCCAUCACUAAUCUCUCCCUCUGCGGUAAUUUGGCCGUGUUCCAGUCCGACGUACCUCUCCUAAUUCCUCACCUUUGCCAGCUACAAUCUCUCGAGCUCAGUAUAAAUUUUGUAGCAUCCGAGUUCUGGGCGUCACUACAGGCGGAACGGAUAUUCGUUCGACGGUUGUCCCUUUCCCUCUUGAGAGACGAUCCUAUGUUGUUUGACUAUUUAUGUUCAUAUUCGGGAUUGGAUAGUCUCUUCCUACUCAUCAGGAGGGGCUCCGGGGAAGCGACCCAGAAAGGUAUGGAAAGGGUACGCGAGAGACAUGGGGAGAUGUUGCAGAAGUGUGAGCCCCCAGGGCUCCAAUUCGGAGAGUAUGAUGCUGAGGACAAUUCUUGGUCUUGGAAGAUAAGUGAAGCCGUGUGGAUGCGUAAAUGGGGGCUUGACCAGCAUAGUCGCAUGUGUGGUAUUUGUAUAUUAUAAGAAAGAGCUGUUGUUAUUCAGAAUCAAUUGUCGGUAUUCAAGGAGA